AUGCAUAAAUUAAGGAAGGAUUCUGCGUUCGCAGAUGUUUAUGGCCUUUCAUUGUCUCAAAUUGUCGACUCAUCCUCUUCUCAGUCAGUACAAAAUCAUUCAGCUAGUUUCGGAAACCUCUCAACUUACAAAUUUCCAACACGGAAGUUCCCUACAUUUUCUGGACUUCUGACUGAAUGGCAGGGUUUCGAAGAUUUGUUUACAUCAAUUCUAUCCCACGCCCCAGCUGAUCUUUCGGACGUCGAACGAUUCGAGAUAUUGAAAACUUCGCUAGAAGGUGAGGCCUUGACGCUUAUCGCACACAUUCCUUUGACAUCGGCAAACUAUCAAAAGGCUUGGGAAGUAUUACGUUCGCGAUACGGAAAUAAGCGUGACUUAGCUCGUAUCCAUCUGGACGCUCUGUUAUCCCCACAUACAGUCAAGGCAAACGACGCGUCUUCAAUUAAAACUCUAAUCACAUCUAUUCAAGAGCACACUGCUGCUUUGGAUAAUUUGGACUUUAUUACUCGGCAGUGGAGCCCAAUUUUGGUCCACAUUUUCGAAAAUCAUUUGGACUAUGACCUUCGAGCGCGUUGGGAAAUCACUGUGGGUGACCGACAUCAACCGUCGACUGCCGAUUUUCUUGAAUUUCUAAGAGGUCAUGUACGAUCAGCGGAAGCACGUGCUGGACAGUACACAUCGAGUUUGACGUCGUUCACGUCUCAGCAAAAACCUCCUCAAAAAUCGGUAACUUCCAAAUCUCGUCACCCAAUUGCACCAAAGGUUUUAGCUGCUACUACCACCUCGUCCACCGUGGUUACCUGUCCAUUAUGUACAAAACCACAUACGAUCCGAAAGUGUCCAACGUUUCUGUCAAAAUCACCGACUGAUCGUUUUCAGUUAGCCAAGAAGCAUCGGUUGUGCAUAAAUUGUCUGUUCACAGGACAUGCUACUUCAUUAUGCCCUUCCAAUAUAAUGACUCAUAAGGGACCAACUCCCCAACCAUCAAACAAAAAUAUCUUACAAAACAUAACAUUUCCGAUGCAGACAUAA